UUUAUAGCGCAAGCUGUACCACAACGACAUCAGAUUCGACCGAACUCGCCAAAUUGCCAACCAGUCGCCACGACGAUGCUGAGCAGAUCGCGCGCCAGGCUGGGUGUCUGAUUACGACGGUGCUGUUGUUCUUCGUCAAAGAGGUUUUGGAGUUGGGGUUGGAGAGGGUGUGACGGAGGACGAGAGAGGAUGAGUUUCAGGGACGACAGUGAAGAUGGGAGGGACCUCAGGAAGCCAUUUCUGCACACGGGGAGCUGGUAUCGAAUGGGUUCGAGGCAAUCCAGUCUGAUGGGCUCGUCCCAGGCAAUUCGUGACAACUCCAUCUCUGUAGUUGCCUGUGUUCUCAUCGUUGCUUUGGGUCCUAUCCAGUUUGGAUUCACGGCAGGGUAUUCAUCGCCGACCCAAUUUGCAAUAACUCGGGAUCUGGGACUUUCAGUCUCGGAGUAUUCUUUAUUUGGCUCUUUAAGCAAUGUUGGUGCUAUGGUUGGGGCUAUAACCAGUGGCCAGAUGGCUGAGUAUAUUGGGCGAAAAGGGGCCUUAAUGAUUGCUGCAAUUCCCAAUAUUAUAGGGUGGCUUGCUAUAUCAUUUGCAAAAGAUUCUUCUUUCCUCUACAUGGGGAGGUUGCUGGAAGGGUUUGGUGUUGGAAUAAUCUCUUAUACGGUCCCGGUCUAUAUAGCUGAGAUAUCACCCCAAAACCUUAGAGGAAGUCUUGGUUCAGUCAAUCAGCUGUCAGUUACCUUAGGAAUAAUGCUGGCUUAUCUACUGGGACUAUUUGUACCAUGGAGAAUACUUGCAGUUUUAGGAAUUUUGCCUUGUACAAUAUUGAUACCUGGAUUGUUUUUCAUCCCGGAAUCACCAAGAUGGCUUGCAAAGAUGGGCAUGACAGAAGAAUUUGAAACAUCUUUACAAGUUCUUCGAGGGUUUGAUACUGAUAUUUCCAUUGAAGUAAAUGAAAUCAAGAGAUCUGUAGCAUCCACCAACAGAAGAACAACUAUUAGAUUUGCAGAUCUGAAGCAGAAGAGAUACUGGCUCCCUUUGUCGAUUGGUAUAGGAUUACUUAUUCUGCAGCAACUAAGUGGAAUUAAUGGUGUCUUAUUCUAUUCAAGCACCAUCUUCGCAUCUGCUGGUAUUACCUCCAGUAAUGCGGCUACAUGUGGCCUUGGCGCUGUUCAGGUUGUUGCCACUGCAGUUACAACAUGGUUGAUUGACAGAGCUGGGCGUCGUCUUCUUCUUAUUAUCUCCUCUGCUGGAAUGACAAUUAGCCUGCUGAUUGUUGCCGUGGCAUUCUUUGUGAAGGACGCUGUACCAGAUGAUUCCAGUCUGUAUAGUAUAUCAGGAAUCGUGUCAGUAGUCGGGGUUGUGGUCAUGGUCGUUGCCUUUUCUCUGGGUGUAGGAGCAAUUCCAUGGGUUAUAAUGUCUGAGAUUCUUCCUGUCAAUAUCAAGGGUCUUGCUGGAAGUGUGGCAACAUUAGCCAACUGGUUAAGUGCGUGGGUGGUCACAAUGACGGCGAACUUGCUCUUACAGUGGAGCAGUGGAGGAACAUUCACUAUCUACGCGCUGGUAACUGGUUUCCUGGUAGUAUUUGUUACUCUUUGGGUCCCUGAAACCAAAGGCAGAACUCUGGAAGAAAUUCAGUUUUCCUUCAGAUGAAGCCCUCUCUUUUCUUCUCUGAUUAAAUUAUUUUGGAAGAGGACUUUCUGCUGCCAUUCUCAUUUUGCAAGCACUGAAUCAGACUCUCUCUCUCUCCAAACCAGAAGUCGUCUCUUUGGCUUUUUCUCAUUCCAUAUUUUUGCAAUAUCUCAAAUGUUGUUGCAAUUAUCUUGGCCAAUGGUUUUUGUUUAUAUAAUUUGAUUAAAUUAAAAUUGAUUUUCUAUAUGCUACCAAUUUUUAGUUCAUGCAUUGUAUACUUCUGUGAACGCAGAAAUUACACAUUUGAUAACUUUAGCGACAAAAUAAGCAGUUUUAUCCGGUUGAUGUAUUUUAGUCCUUUUA